GCACGUAUCGCGCUCUAAAACAAAACACAGUGCGCGUUGAAUUAACUUGAUCAGUGACAGCUCCCAUCUCCCAGGUAUUUUUAGAUCAACGCCUCCAAACAGGUUCUUCGCGAAAGUGAUACCGUAUCCUGAUGAGAUGGCGCGGUACCAGUUUCUUUGUUUAAUCGCAGCAGCUGCAUUCGCUCCCUUGACCUUGGCUGCAUCAGCCCUCCAAGACAGUACGUUGCCCAACUUGCCUCAAGAGGAAGAAGAUAAUAGCCGCUACAAGACUCUAGAAGCUAACGCCACCCUGCUCAAACUGCUGGUUAACGACAAGGAUGGAGUCAGCAAGUCCGAGGUGUUCGAUAUGCUGCACUCGCGCGACGACAACGAGCAACACAUCGACCUGCCUUCGUUUCCUGAGGACGAAGAAAUCACGCGAGCAGACGGCCCGCCGGAUUCGCAGGCAGAGUUCUUGCAAGGGCCAAGCGACACAGUCCGCAAGGAUUCAAAGGAGCGAUUCACGUCGCGGGGUGAGCCGAUCGGCACCGCAGCUGGCAUCAUGUUGUUGGUUACAUGCAGCAUCGCCUGCCUCGCGUACACCUCGCUGGUGGUGUGGAGGAGGAUAUACUUGAAGAGAAACGGCUUGAAGCACGAACUACUUAGAAAUGAAGAAAAUAUUGCAGAAACAAGGAUAGAGCUGUGAAGACUUGAUGGGUGGCAACAUUUUCUACAAGAAUUUACUUCAAGACUGAAUUUUUUUAGUAUAGUCUAAAACACAAGCAACAUUAUUGUUAACUUUUGCAACGAGGAAC